GACACGGUCAGAGCACUGAGAGAUAUCGGGUAUUGAUGUAAUUGGAGUGAAUAAGGGAACCUUCUUCCUGAGCACAGACAUUGGAGCCUGUUAUCAGCAUGAACUCAUAUGUGUUAGACAACCACUUGAAUAGUUCAUAUCCAUCCCUUACGACAGGAAGUAUCAGAAUGAUAACACAAACUCCAAAAGUCUUAGACACUAAUGGCUAUUCACAAACAUUGGGGAACUCACAGCAGAUAUUUGUUGAAUUGGCAGGAACCGGGCAGCAAUCAUGUACGGAGAGUAAUUUAGUCAUCAAACAAGAGGACAACAUUUAUGCCUUAUCUAGUGAAAUAAUUAUCCCAGAGGACAAACCACACACAUUUACUGAGUACUCAAAACAUUUUAAAGAAGGGAAAAAUCUACAGUCUAGCCAAAUUAUUCAUACAAAUAAGAAACCAUUCAUAUGUACAAAAUGUGAGAAAAGCUUCACAUUUAAUUUGCAUCUCCUUGAACAUCACAAAGUUCACACAGUUAUGAAACCUCACACAUGUACAGAAUGUGGGAAAUGUUUGACUUCCAAGGGAAACCUUACAUCUCAUAAAAAUACCCACACAGGGGAGAAACCGUUUACAUGUAAAGAAAGUGGCAAAUGUUUUAUACUAAGGACAAGCCUUAUACCUCAUGAAAGGACCCACACAGGGGAAAAACCAUUCAUAUGUACAGAGUGUGGAAAAAGUUUUAAAAAAAAGGGUGAGCUGAAAACUCAUGAAAGGACUCACACUGGAGAAAAGCCGUUCACAUGUACAGAGUGUGGAAAAUGUUUUACACAAAUAAAUAGUCUGAAAAUUCAUGAAAGAAUUCACACAGGACAAAAACCUUUCACAUGUACAAAAUGUGGAAAACAAUUUACACAUAAGAGUAAUCUGAAAACUCAUGAAAGGAUUCACACAGGGGAAAAGCCUUUCACGUGUACAGAGUGUGGAACAUGUUUUACACUAAAGAGUACUCUGAAAACUCAUGAAAGGAUUCACACAGGGGAAAACCCUUUCACAUGUACAGAGUGUGGAAAAAAGUUUGCACAUAAAAGUCAUCUGAAAACUCAUGAAAGGAGUCACACAGGAGAAAAGCCUUUCACAUGUACGGAGUGUGGAAAAUGUUUUACACGAAUAAGUAGUCUGAAAAUUCAUGAAAGGACUCACACAGGAGAAAAGCCUUUCAAAUGUACAGAGUGUGGAAAAUGUUUUGCACAAAUAAAUAAUCUGAAAACUCAUGAAAGAAGUCACACAGGAGAAAAGCCUUUCAAAUGUACAGAGUGUGGAAAAAGUUUUACACAAAUAAAUAGUCUGAAAAUUCAUGAAAGGAGUCACACAGGAGAAAAGCCUUUCACGUGUACAGAGUGUGGAAAAAGUUUUACACAUAAAUGUCAUCUGAAAACUCAUGAAAGGAUUCACACAGGAGAAAAGCUUUUCACAUUGUUAAGAAAGUGAAAAAAAUGUAUCCCGUGCCAGUCGGGUAUCACAAAACACCAAAUGUCAACUCAAAAAUUAACUUUAUGUGCACUGUGUGGAAACCUUUUAAAAAUUAUCCUAAAGAGAACAAACUCUCUAAAUAAAAGAGUAAAAAAGGACAACAACCAAACCGCACCUGUGCCAACCUUGCAAACUGCAGACACGGACGCUACGCAACAUAUUACCAGAGAAGACUUACUACAUCUCUCCUCAAAAGAGGACAUCAGAAAUGCAGUUAAAGAAAUGCGGGACCUGUUUAAUGAUCUUAGAAAAGAUAUUAACACGCUAGACACCAGAAUGACACAUUCUGAAGCAAGGCACUCUGAAACCUCUACAGCAGUUACACAAAUACAGUCUGAAAUUCAACAUCAAUCGGAGACUAUACAAGUUUUAUCUGACAAUCAUCUGAGAAUCAGGGGUGUGUCGGAAACCAUACAUCCUCCAGCAAUAGAGGGGUACCUGCAGAGUCUGUUCCGCACACUUAAAGGCACCCUGUCAUCACCUGAAUUACCAUUGGAACGAGCCCAUAGGGCACUUAGAGCAAGACCUCCCUCAAAAGCACCUCCUAGAGACAUUAUAGUCCGCUUUUUACAUUACUAAAAUGUGCACGCACCAAGCAACCAAUACAGCAUGCAGGCGAGGACUUACAAAUUUUCUCCGACCUUUCCCCAGCUACCCUGCUGAAGAGAAGGGAGCUAGCUCACAUCACGACGAAACUGAGGGCCCACAAAAUUCAGUACCACUGGGGUUUCCCCGUUUCACUAAUUGCAACAUGGAACAACGAUGAUUUUUUCGACCCGGAUCGGAUGCUCAGGCCUUUUUCGCCAGUCUCUCGCUAGAAGAUAACAUGUAUCCACAGAGUGUUGACUCUGUACCCUCUGCUUCAUCCACCUGAGGGUAGUGGUGGCUUUAAAACAUAUUGAUAGAAGUCAUGGGCGGUCAUACUCUUUGAUCCCACCUGCUCAGUAUCCUUUUUGAAUCAGUAGGUUACGGGGUAUUGAUGUUUAUCCACCUGGGGACAAGAUGGACAUAAAGCCCUAAGUUGUGACUACUUUUCCACAGGUACUGAAGCCCGCUCUGGGCCCUUGGGGCUGAGAGUCCUACAUAGUUAUCUAUAUUAUUAUGAAGUUAUAGAUGUGGUUUGCAUGGGCUGGCUUUAUUUGCCUUCAGCAUACUCCAUUCCUUGCACUCGUAUAAUUGUUCAGUUAUGUUUGUUACUGUCUUGUUAGGCAUUGUUUCAAAGGUUUUAUGUACUUGAUUGCCCUGUUUUCCCUCUCCUCCUAACA